GCGUGGGAGGAGGCCCAGCGGCGAGCUCGCUUUCUCCUGGCCACUUGCGGGGGUGAGGGGCAGCCGGAGGAGUCCGAGAGGAAGCGGAGGCGUGAGCUGGAGGCGGCGGCUCCCGUCGGCCUCCGGCAGGACUGAGCGCUGGGAGGCCGGAAGGCGGGCGGGCACGGCGGAGAGGCGGGCGGGAGGCCGCUCGGGACCACGGAUGAUGAUUAGUGGCCCUAGAUCUGAAUAUGUGAGUGACGGAUUGGCAAUUUGAGAUUGAGAGCUCCAGCUGUUUUACUUGUGGGAGGAGCGGUUUCCAUCAUCCUCUACCUUUUUUUUUUUUAAGAAAAAAUAUUAUUGCCUGUAAUACAGAACUGCUAUCUAAUUGAUAGGACUUUUCCUUUGUUUCUUUUUGGCCAACAUGGUGAAACCUCGUCUCUACUAAAAAAUAAAAAAAUUAGCCAGGUGUAUGUAUCCAUAUAUAUAUAUGUAUGUAUGUAUCCAUAUAUAUGUAUGUAUCCAUAUAUAUGUAUGUAUGUAUCCAUAUAUAUGUAUGUAUCCAUAUAUAUGUAUGUAUCCAUAUAUGUAUGUAUCCAUAUAUAUGUAUGUAUCCAUAUAUAUGUAUGUAUCCAUAUAUAUGGAUACAAUGACAUAAAUAAUAUUAGAUUGCUUACUGUGUACUAGGCACUGCCAAAUGGUUUCGUGUGCUCAUUUAUUCUCACAACAGCUCAGUGAAUAAGUCCCUUUAUCUUUCCUAGUUUUACAGAUGGAAAUAUGAACUCCCAGAGAGUAAAGGUCAAUGCUGAUAGCAGAGGCCCCGGCCCCUUGGACUUGUGGCCAAUUUGCAGAGCAUAUUAAUGAAAAGUGCCAUAAACUGAAAAACCAAACAUGAGGGUAGCAGGUGCUGCAAAGUUGGUGGUAGCUGUGGCAGUGUUUUUACUGACAUUUUAUGUUAUUUCUCAAGUAUUUGAAAUAAAAAUGGAUGCAAGUUUAGGAAAUCUAUUUGCAAGAUCAGCAUUGGACACAGCUGCACGUUCUACAAAGCCUCCCAGAUAUAAGUGUGGGAUCUCAAAAGCUUGCCCUGAGAAGCAUUUUGCUUUUAAAAUGGCAAGUGGAGCAGCCAACGUGGUGGGACCCAAAAUCUGCCUGGAAGAUAAUGUUUUAAUGAGUGGUGUUAAGAAUAAUGUUGGAAGAGGGAUCAAUGUUGCCUUGGCAAAUGGAAAAACAGGAGAAGUAUUAGACACUAAAUAUUUUGACAUGUGGGGAGGAGAUGUGGCACCAUUUAUUGAGUUUCUGAAGGCCAUACAAGAUGGAACAAUAGUUUUAAUGGGAACAUACGAUGAUGGAGCAACCAAACUCAAUGAUGAGGCACGGCGGCUCAUUGCUGAUUUGGGGAGCACAUCUAUUACUAAUCUUGGUUUUAGAGACAACUGGGUCUUCUGUGGUGGGAAGGGCAUUAAGACAAAAAGCCCUUUUGAACAGCACAUAAAGAACAAUAAGGAUACAAACAAAUAUGAAGGAUGGCCUGAAGUUGUAGAAAUGGAAGGAUGCAUCCCCCAGAAGCAAGACUAAUGGAAAUGUGGAGAGAAUUGAAGAAAGCGCACUUUCACUAUUAAUGGGAGAGCUAUAAAUGGCAGAGCUAUGUGUAAAUAUUUUAAGAGCAUGCAGCCAUCUUGGUGUGUGCAUGAGUAUUGUCUCUUUUGAUAUCAGGAUUAUUUAUUGCUAACGUAAAUAGAUAGCAUUGUAAAUAAUCAUCACAAUGAUCAAAUCACUGAACCGUGUCUCCGCACAUUUCCCUAAAAGUACAAUGUUUAGACUGCUAUGGUAAUACAUAUUUUAAAUUCUAAAAGCAUACACAAUGUGUAACUGAAUGGUUUGUGAAAAAUAUAUUGAUAUAUAUACUAGUUGCUGUGAAAAUAUCAUGGAAUAAUAGGGAUUUUAGGGUGGAUACUUUAUUUUCUUUUAUAUUUCUAUAUGUUGCCUUGUGAUGACAUUAUCUUUUAAAUUAAAAAGAGAUUUGGCUAGUUGUGUGUGUAAUGUUACUUUACAGUCCGACUCUCCUGAUGUACCUCUUUUCAUGAUCUUUUUCUUUCCUUCCCAAGAAACUGAGGAAUGUUUAAUAUGAAAACAUACAUCGGAUAUGUGAAAAGCACAACAAAAUUCUUAAUGUACACAGUAAAAAAGUAAAUAUAUAAAUGUAGAUGGCAUUUAGGACCACAGCUUGCUGGAUUUGUGUUAGCUAUGGGAAUAACUUGAUUUUGUAUAAGCUAUUUAGAGUGAGGCUGGAGGUGGCAGCUUCACAGAACUGGAGAACCAGGCCAAGUCCCCUCCCCAACCUAAUUAGGUCAUUCAGGACAGCUAAGUCAGUAUAUUUAGAGCAAUACUAGCAUACGUUUUUCUUAAUUGUUAUCAGCAUUGACCAAGUGGUUUGGAAGGAGGCAUGCUUUAAUAUCACAAUAAUUUUGAUUUGUAAACCAAGAAAUUAAUCCUGUGUUUAUCUAACUUCAUAAUAGCAAUUAUUGCCCGAAGCUAUAGUGGCAUAUUUACAAAAGUUCUCAUUACUGGGUGGACUGAUAACAUUUAAAAAAUAAUUGUGUUUGACCCGGAAUGACUUUAUACCCAAUUCUACAUAAAAAUAUAGAAGAUCUAUCUUUUUUUGUUACCUUCAGAUGUUCACUAAAUAACUCAGUUUUUAAGCAGAAGUUUUCAGGGCAUUAAAUAUAUGUUGUGUAUGAAGUAUCUCAAACUGGAACAUAAAUUUAGUGAUCAAACUGCCAUUCACAGUGUAAGGCAGCACUUAAAUUUCAAACCUAAAGUUUAGAUGCAUUGUAUAAAAAAACCUAAAAGCAGUAUCUGUUAUUUAGCUGUAAACCAAGUUGGAAGCUAUUCAGAUAAUUUCUUAAAUAUUGAUGAACUUUGGAGUACUGUUUCUUCCUUCAAACUGAAUGUAAUUAAUUCAUGAAUAAAUGCACCUUAUAUGUUUAAACAAUCUUUGUAUACUUUUGGGAUUUUUGGUGCUUAUAUGCUAAAUCACAUUCAGCAUGUGUAUUUUGACAUUUAAAAUACUUCCCUCAAUUCUGUAAAUUAAAAGAAUAGUUAUUUUACAGUUCCAGGGAUUGUGAAAUAAAUGUUGCAGUUUUUUAAAAUAAUGAAAAUAAAUACUCUUGGUUUUGCUUUGUGAA